AUGUCGAAAAUCAGCCACUCAGACGAAACGGAUGCCGCUCUCAGCGAGAAGAAAUCUCAAAUCAACGACGAUAAUAUCCAACUUCAGCAACUUGGCCUAGAGCCGUCAGAGCUCCGCCGCAAUUUCAACAUUUGGUCGCUCGCAUUCAUGUCGUUCUGCUCCAGUAUCACCUGGGAGGCAAUCUCGUCCACAAUGGCCCAGGGUCUGAUGUCAGGAGGCAAUUCAAGUUUGGUAUGGGGCUUCGUGGCAAGCAGCCUCGGUGCUCUCCUGACUGUCCUUUGCAUCGCAGAGUACUCCAGCAUGAUUCCGACGGCAGGCGGCUAA